GCCGGGUGAGGCAGGCCGGGAUGAAAUCAUGCACCAGGACAUCGUGCCGAUCUGCGCUGCCGACAUCCAGGACCAGCUGAAGAAGCGCUUCGCUUACCUGUCGGGUGGGCGAGGACAGGACGGGAGCCCGGUCAUCACUUUCCCCGACUACCCGGCCUUCAGCGAGAUCCCGGACAAGGAGUUCCAGGAUGUCAUGACCUAUCUCACCAGCAUCCCCAGCUUACAGGAUGCUGGCAUCGGAUUCAUCCUGGUCAUAGACCGAAGGCAGGACAAAUGGACCUCCGUGAAGGCGUCUGUCCUGCGAAUAGCAGCGUCGUUCCCAGCAAACCUACAGCUCGUCCUUGUCCUCCGCCCAACGGGAUUUUUCCAAAGGACUCUCUCCGACAUCGCUUUCAGAUUCAAUAGAGAUGACUUUAAGAUGAAGGUGCCGGUCAUAAUGCUGAGCUCAGUUCCAGAAUUGCAUGGUUACAUCGACAAGUCACAGCUGACCGAGGACCUCGGUGGGACCCUGGAUUACUGCCACACCAGGUGGCUGUGCCACCGCACGGCCAUCGAAAGCUUUGCCCUGAUGGUUAAGCAGACAGCUCAGAUGCUGCAGUCCUUCGGGACAGAGCUGGCCGAAACGGAACUGCCCAAUGACGUCCAGUCAACGAGCUCGGUGCUCUGUGCACACAUGGAGAAGAGGGACAAGGCGAAGGAGGACAUGAAGCUGGCACUGACAGAGGGACACAGCAUCCUCCAGAGCAUCUGGGCGCCACUGGCCGAGGGCACGGAGCACAGCAUGAGCCAGGACCAGCUGGACGGUCAGACCACCGUGCAGAGGCUCCUGGCCCAGCUGAGCGAAACCGAGGCCGCCUUCGAUAAGUUUUGGUCGAAGCAUCAGCAGAAACUCGAACAGUGUCUGCAGCUCCGGCAUUUCGAGCAGGGUUUCCGGGAGGUCAAAGCUGCCUUGGACACGGUCUCCCAGAAGAUAGCGACCUUCACGGACGUGGGCAACAGCCUGGCACAUGCAGAGCACCUGCUGAGGGACCUUGCCACCUUUGAGGAGAAAUCCAACGCGGCCGUGCAGAGGGCCUGCGCCCUGUCACAGGAAGGCGAGCGGCUCAUCGACAGCAAGCACUACGCCGUGGACUCCAUCCGCCCCAAGUGCGAGGAGCUGCGGCACCUCUGCGACCAGUUCGCGGCUGAGGUCGGCAGGAGGAGGGGGCUGCUCCUCAAGUCCCUGGAGCUGCACGGCCUCUUGGAGACGUCCAUGAAGUGGUGUGAUGCAGGGAUCUACCUGCUGGCCUCGCAGCCCGUGGACAAAUGCCAGUCCCAGGAUGGCGCAGAGGCGGCCCUCCAGGAAAUCGAGAGGUUUUUGGAGACCGGUGCGGAAAAUAAGAUCCAGGAGCUCAGUAAAAUUUACAAGGAAUAUGAAUCCAUCAUGAACCAGGACCUCAUGGAACACGUGCAGAAGGUCUUUCAGAAGCAGGAGAGCAUGGAGGAGAUGUUUCACCGCAGACAGGCCAGCCUGAAGAAGCUGGCCGCUAAGCAGACGCGGCCUGUGCAGCCGGUGGCCCCCAGGCCGGAGGCACUCACAAAGUCACCUUGCCCCUCCCCAGGCGUCCGGCGAGGGUCUGAGAACCCCAGCGCCGAGGGCAGCGCGCUCCGGAGAGGCCCCUACAGGAGGGCCAAGAGUGAGAUGAGUGCGAACCGGCAGGGCCGGAGCAGCUCCACGGGGGACGAGGAGGAGAGCCUGGCCGUCCUGCGCAGGCAUGUGAUGAACGAGCUCCUGGACACAGAGCGGGCCUACGUGGAGGAGCUGCUGUGUGUCCUGGAGGGCUACGCCGCGGAGAUGGAGAACCCACUGAUGGCGCAUCUCAUUUCCACAGGCCUUCAGCACAAGAAGGACAUUUUAUUUGGAAAUAUGGAGGAGAUCUAUCACUUUCAUAACAGGAUCUUCCUGAGGGAGCUCGAAAGCUACAUAGACUGCCCAGAGCUGGUCGGAAGGUGCUUUCUAGAGAGGAUGGAGGAUUUCCAGAUCUACGAGAAGUACUGCCAGAACAAGCCCCGGUCUGAGAGCCUGUGGAGGCAGUGUUCCGACUGUCCGUUUUUCCAGGAAUGCCAGAAGAAGCUGGACCAUAAGCUGAGUCUGGACUCCUACCUGCUGAAGCCUGUUCAGAGAAUAACCAAGUACCAGCUGCUGCUCAAGGAAAUGCUAAAGUACAGCAAGAAUUGCACAGGCGCCGAGGACCUGCAGGAGGCACUGAGCUCCAUCCUGGGCAUCCUGAAGGCCGUGAAUGACUCCAUGCACCUCAUCGCCAUCACAGGCUACGACGGGAACCUUGGCGACCUGGGAAAGCUGCUGAUGCAGGGCUCCUUCAGCGUCUGGACGGACCACAAGAAGGGCCACACCAAGGUGAAGGAGCUGGCCAGGUUCAAGCCCAUGCAGCGGCACCUGUUCCUGCACGAGAAGGCCGUGCUCUUCUGCAAGAAAAGGGAGGAGAACGGCGAGGGGUACGAGAAGGCACCUUCCUACAGCUACAAGCAGUCCCUGAACAUGACUGCCGUGGGCAUCACGGAGAACGUGAAGGGCGACGCGAGGAAGUUCGAGAUCUGGUACAACGCAAGAGAGGAGGUCUACAUCAUCCAGGCGCCAACUCCUGAAAUUAAAGCCGCGUGGGUGAAUGAAAUUCGGAAAGUGCUGACCAGCCAGCUGCAGGCUUGCAGAGAAGCCAGCCAGCACAGGGCGCUGGAGCAGUCCCAGAGCCUGCCCCUGCCUACGUCACCCAGCACCAGUCCCUCGAGGGGGACCACAAGGAUCGUCAAGAAGCUGGAAGAAAGCAAAAUGGACCCCCUGAGCCUGGAGGGAUACAUCAGCUCCGCAUCCUUGCCAAAGCCCCCCGAAAAGGGCAAAGGUUGGAGCAAAACAUCUCACUCACCGGAGGCCCCUGAGGACGACGGCGGCUGGUCGAGUGCCGAGGAGCCGAUUAACUCAUCUGAUGCCGAGGAGGACGGCGGAGGGGGCCCCAAGAAGCUGGUGCCGGGCAGAUACACAGUCGUGCUGGACGAUGAGAAGGGUGGCCCCGACGCCCUGGUUGUGAGGAGCGGGGACGUGGUGGAGGUGGUCCAGGAGGGCGCCGAGGGCCUCUGGUACGUCCGGGACCUGAGCACCAGCACGGAGGGCUGGGUGCCAGCCCGCAGCCUGUCAGCGCUGCUCACCACGUCCGGCUCAGCUCAGGGUCUGAGCAGCUCAGAGUCGAGCCCGCGGUCGGCGGCGCUGAGCUGCUCCUCCAGCUGCAGCGAGGGCUGCCCGGCGCCCUUCCCCGGCCUCCAGGGCUAGCGGGCGGCGGCCCUGCACCAGACCAGCGUGCGACUCUCUGAGUCUCCUCUUGCUUGGACUUGCUUACUUUGGGGAGGGGACGGUGCUCUAAGAUAUCCUGAAAAAGGAGGACCCUGAUGGCCCCGACCAGAGCCGCCCGGCUGUGCAGCUACAGAGGGACCCUCGGGGAGACAGCAGGACCCCUCUCCAGGCUCAGAAGCCGGCUACCCAGAAGACCUGCCAGAGCGUCCUCGGAAAACCCAGAAUGGACAGAGGAGGGGUUAUGGGUGACAGACCCCCUGGGCAGAGAGGCACCCCCGGCACCCCUUCCCACUCUGCGGGCAGCGAGCCAGCCUCUGGGCUUCCGUGCUCGGACAUUGCUGGUGCGGAGCUUUCUGCCAAAACGUGCACACCAGCGUGCUGCUUCCAAAAGAAGCGAAAGCCUGACCAGCAGCCUGAGGGGAGAGGGCUGGGGGCCCUGGUCUUUCACGAGUUUGGGGAUUUUCUUUUUUUUUUAAACAGGAAUUCAUCCCAUGGCCAUUUUUGGUGGUACUUCGGCCUCAAAUCUUUACCAAGAAUCACUGUGUUUACAUGAAAUGACAAUUUGAUACUGUGUUUGAUAUAAGACUAUUUUUUUGUUACUGGGGUUUACAUCAAAGCACGUUUAUACCACGAAAUGAUUUGGGCGGGCUCACUCAUAGAAGUUGUGGCACUCUCUAAAGCUCACCUUGUCACAGGUGAAUGAAAACACGUCCCUUGAUAAAAUCGGGUGGUGUGUCUACAACCAAAAGCAGUUAGAAACCAAGGAGGUUCCUCUACCUGCACAGCUUUCAUUUUCAAAAGAAAAUUUAAACUAUUAUUUAAAAUAUUAACCUUCUUCUCUACCAAAAUUUAAAAAUGGGGGGCACUCUCGAUUUUUUAAAAGAGCUUCACUGAAUUAGAAUAUUUUUACUGUUUUUAAAGAAAAUGUAAAGAUGCAGCUUUGGCAGGGCAUCCUCUGAAGCGAUGCUGUCAGCUGCAGCCUAGUGAACACCUGCGCGCAUGCGUCUCAGCCGUCGGAGGCGCCGCCUCCUCUCCCCUCCCCCCACCCCACCUGCCUCCUGCCUGCGCACAGGUAAAGCGUCUGCUCGCGCACUGUGUGGUGAUCACCUUGAGUGCAGAGUGCAGAAAUGUAAACGGGGAGAGUUUGUUUUAUUCACGUCAUGCAGAACUGGAGAGAAAACUUCUGUUUUAUCCUUUUUGUGUGUUUCAGAAACAAAUUCUGUUCUUUCAGAACCUGCUCUUUGUUGUUUGCGCAGGUAUUUUUGUGUGUGUGUAUAUGUGUUCAUGUGCGUACAUGUAUAUCUUGAUGUGAAGAGCGUAUUUACAGUCUUCAUGCUGCUGAGCACACGUCACUUCACAGUGCUCCCCCGUGCCCACGCCCUGCCGCUGUCCCCACCGUGUUUCCAGGAUGAAGCGCCCUCCCUGCCCGUGGCAUGCAAAGCCGUCACUGGCCAGACCUCAGACUGGGGAAAUACAACAGAAAACGUGCAGACUCGGUAGCUUUUCUUCUGGUGUGUAGGUUAUUUGGGAAAUGACACGUCAUGCAAUUCACCUAAUGCACUGUCCAGACCGCUUCUGUCUCCACGUGGGGUCGCCCACGCUCUCCUGUGAUCUCUUCCUCAUAAAGGCACUU